AUGUAUGUAUUUUGCUGGGAACUGUCAUCAUCCUCAGCAGUUAGAAUAUCUAGGCUUACAGGUCUCCCGGAAGAUAUAAUCCAUUCGGUUCUUCCACGAGGAUCUACAUCUUUACAGAGAGUCUUACAGCAGCAUCGCACUCUUGCUCGUCUUCCAGGAGAGGUUUGCGUAUAUAGAAUAGAGGUUCAUAGUGACCGGAAGACACUGUGUGUGGUUCGUCAGCGCUGUUCAGUCCGUCUAAGCCUUGCUGCAAUGUGCACUGACUCCUCUAAGCUGAGUUUAUCUCAUUCUGAAUGCCUCUGUAUUCUAACUGCCUUUCUGGCUCUACUACAAGAAGUGGGCACUCAGUAUCCCAAUAUUGUACAGUUUCUUGAAGAAGAACAGUUCUUUAUGACGCUCACAGGCUCAAUCGCAGUUGAGAUUCCAGUUGAAAUUCUACUAUUUAGCAGGCAGAAAAGACAGAUGGGAUCUGAGGAAUUGAUGGCUGUACUUGCCCGUACCUAUCUUACGGACUCACUCUCCAACCUAAUAACUCAGUUUGUUACAUGUUAUAUUCGUCUGUUUUAUUAUCGAAAGGCUACCUUAUCAAAAGCAGAGCUAACUCUUCCGGACGAGCUUCAAGAUCUGACUAGAUUUAAUGAUACCCUUCGGGGCCUUAAUUCUUUCUCUAGAAAUUCGUCUAUCAAUAUGCUAACUCUUUAUAAUUAUAUGCAGACACCCAAUGCUCAACUGGCCCUGACACAAAUGGAGGUGUCUCGUGGCAUUGAGCGAGAUCCAGUCUUUAAGACCACACAACUUCAUCGUGCCAUAAAAUCAUCUGAUGCCCCCAGCAUUCAUCUUUAUUCGCGCCUCUAUGGAGGACUCAGAGACAUAUCUGGACAAACAGGCCUUCACUAUCUGACCGGGCUAGGCUCGAGCAUUACAUAUGAUGCUAUUUUAAAUCUUCUUCCUCUAGAGGUCCAAUGCGAAGACAGGAUUGGCUAUUGUGCUGGAUCAUACUUUUUGCAAUUAGAACGAUAUGAAGAGGCAGCACUUCUUAGCUUCUUUGAGCCCCUAGUCGAUGAUAGACAUAACAGUAUUUUAGUUCGGCUGAUCGAUGAUAUCACUAUUUCAGAGGCAGGCCGGCAGGAGGCUUCUUCUAAGAAAAGCUUUCUUGAGAAGACAAGGUUCUUCUCGUCACUUAUUGAAUCACAAUCACAUUUCUUACUUAUUAACCUACUCUCAAAUCAACUUGGCGUUCGGGGUGCCAAAGGACGAACAGCUUUGAUUGCAGCAACACAAGGGAACCACAAAGAGCUUGUAGCUGCACUGACUCCUUACGAGUCAAAUAUUUCUGAUCUAGAAGGAGACGGUUAUGCACUGGCCUAUGCUAUGUACAACGGAAGUCCCUCUAUUGUUGAGCUGCUUGCUUCUUUAGAGGCAUCCAUACUACUAACGACUGGUUUCACGAACACGAUGAUCUGUGCAGCCUCUCCUUUCCCUCCUGGCUCUAGUGUAUCCGGUCUGUUGAAAUCAAAAGAACUGCGCAAGCGCACGUCUAAGGGCUGGACUGCGCUUAUGUUUGCCGCGGUUGCUGGCAACCUUUGGGCUGUCAAGCAACUUGCCCAUUCUGAGGCGGGUCUGACCAACUAUGAAGGCCGGACAGCGGGCACUCUGGCGUAUCUUAAGGGAUAUGCGUCGAUUGCCGAGUGGCUGUCAAAGUUCGAAACUGUCCGUACCAACACUGGAGAUACCCUGCUUCACAAGGCAUGCCGAGAGUAUAUAAAAGACCCUACAGACGAGAAUCUUAUGAAUGUUCGUUCUCGACUCUCCAUGGUUAAUGAGUAUACAGAAUCCGGAGAUCUAGCGAUUUCCUUGGCUAUUAAAGAAAGAUGCAAUCCUUUGAUUAAGCUUUUAGAUCUAGAAUACAGGACAAGAUUACCUGAAGUAGGCUACUCUAGUAAGAUAUCUCAGAGGAGUUUUCACAAUGCAACGCCGCUAAUGCUUGCAGCCCUGUUAUGCAUCCACGAUCUCCCCGAAGCCAUGAUUGCUGCAUCCGCAAGAAUGCAGGAUAAUGAAGGCUUUACUGCACUGAUGUGUGCAGCACGAUCCGGAUGUAUCGAGCUGGUCCAGAGAUUGAUACCAUAUGAAAAGAAAAUGCAGACGGAAAGCGGAUUUACAGCGUUGAUGUGUGCAGCACAAGAGGGCCACGUCGCUGCCGUGCAAAUGCUUUUAGAAGUAGGCAACGAAUCGACCAUUCAGGACAACAAUGGAAAUACGGCGCUUUUUCGUGCGCUACACAACGGCCACGACGAGUGUAGCAAGAUCCUUUUGCCACUAGAAUACGAUCUCAACAAUAACUCUGGGGUUUCUAUGCUUAUGAUAGCUGCAGAGAGCAGCACAAGCCUGUCAUUGCUUAACUCACUUGUCGCCCCACAAUACAGCCAGCUCCGGCGGCGGCAACUUGAUGGGAAAACAGCACUGAUGUGCGCUGCAGCAGUCAAUAAUACCUUCGCUGUGACGGUGCUAUUACAACAGGAAGACUCUAGAGAAGUAGGGAUGCAAGAUGAACAGGGCUUUACCGCUCUCAUGUAUGCGGCUUCUGCGGGGCAUGUAGAGACAUGCCGCUUACUUGCACCAUACGAAAGUGGCAUGCGAGCAGUCAGGGAACAAACUGCUGCUAUGCUAGCUGCAGAGACAGGACACCUGGAGUGCUUUUCUAUUCUUCUGCCUAUUGAAGGAGCAAUGAAGAAAAGCUCUGGGUGGUCUCUCGUCCACAGUGCGGCAGUGGGAGGAUCAAUAGAAAUAUUGAGUAGGUUGGCCCCCACUCCGCAAGAACUUAUUGACGGAGCCGACUCACCUUUGUCCUUGGCGAAGAGACACCUCAGAUACGAGAUGCUCAACUAUAUAGAGACCUGUUUACAAAAGAAGCAGUAG